CCGCGUGAUUCUUUGCCCGUUACUGCUCGCGAGUGGUGGCUUGCCGCCAAAGCUCCAGUGUGCCCGCGGUGCCGGCAUUAGUUGCACUAUUUAGACGAAGAACCGAUCGACAACACAUUCCAGCCGUCAGCGCACGUUUGACGACAGCGUCUGCAGCGACAAAACGAUAACAGCAACCCGGGUUGGUGGUAGCGGCCCGUUCGAGUUGGUUCCAUAUACCAGGCCUUUUUUUUUUUUAUGUGCCACAGUUCAUCAUUUCGUUGUUUACAUUUACACGAGUAGCGUUGCGUUGGUUGAUAAGGAAUCUUCCUGCGCUAACGGAGCCUAGAUUCGAACAGUGAUCGUCACGGUGCUGGGAGUGUGUCCCCGGCAGGGCCGCUCAAAUAUACAUAGGACGGUUUCGUGUAUGUGUGUUGGGUUGAGCAUCGAGAAAAAAGACAAAUAUUUGAGUGUUAAAGAAACGCAACUGAUUGUGGUUGUGCGGUGACUGUUGCGUGAACCCGCGUCGUCGUCGUUGAUUUGUUAUCGGAGUCCAUUGCUCCGGUUCCUAUCACCUUAUCACACCAUCGUUUUGUGCCAGUGUGUUCUAAAAAGUUGACAAACGUCCAGUCACAGUGAACAGCAGCGCAUAGGGGAGGAAUUGAAGAAGCAUAAACGACGCGUUCUAUAGGGCGUUAAAUCCUGAAGGGAACACGGCAAAGUUCGGACCCCUUUCGGAGCUCAUAGCCGCCUUGGAUUGAUCGUACGCAAUGAGCGUCUUUACCUAUCGUCUGCUCGCAUUGACCGUGGUGUACUUUGCCUGUCUCAAGGUUGGCCAAAUGCUGUUUCAAACCCUGGCCAACGGUGACGGUGAAAAUUAAACACACCAAAAAAGUGUUAUCCCCGAAGGACGAACGCGCACCGGAUACGCACACACACUCACACUCACACAGCCAUACAUGAGAUUGCAAAAAUGUGUGCGAGGGACAUUUGCGGUAUCACAAUCAAAGUAAGGCGCACGUGAGUAAGAACGCGGCCUAAGGGGUGCAGCAGAAGGUUAUGACCGGUACGCGCGUGAAGUCGCAAGGGCCAAAAGAACGUAAACUGCAGCUCCGUUCUGGAAGAGGGAAUAGAACUGCUUGAAGCUAUGUGCUGUGAGUGGUGUAGCCGAAAAGUGCCUUACACGUAAAGUUUAAAGUUCCUUAGCAGAGUGAAAAGAACGAUCCAGAAUCUCAUCCAUCGCAAAGACUUCCUGCUUGAUGUUGCAGUCGCUUUAGUGUAUUAAACCUAAAACUCCACCAUGGACGAGCUCAUCAACCGUACGCUAGAACGCUUCGACGACGAACGAUGGAGCAAUGGAACUACUUCCGUUUUGCCCACGAUCGGUACGUCCGGCGAGAUGCGUGCGGAGGACGGUGACUUCCCGGACGAAACCAGCAGAUUUUCCCGCCCAUUGCUCACGUUUGCCGCCAUUGCCACUAUAACGAUUAUGGUGACAGGAAUUGUGGGCAAUCUGCUUACGAUCGUCGCACUGCUUCGAUGUCCUAAGGUGCGAAACGUCGCAGCGGCCUUCAUUAUCAGCCUAUGCAUUGCGGACUGUCUGUUUUGCAUAAUCGUCCUGCCAUUCAACGCGAUACGCUUCAUCCAGGGCACGUGGAUGCACGGCGAAACGCUCUGCACGCUGAUAACGUUUAUGCAAUACGGCAGUGUCGGCGUUUCGCUGCUAUGCAUCACGAUGAUCAGCAUAAACCGCUACAUCAUGAUCGCACACUAUAGCAUCUACCCGAAGGUGUACAAGACGUCUUGGAUUAUGGUGAUGAUCAUCGCCUGUUGGUUGUUUUCCUACGGCUUCCAGCUACCGACGCUGUUUGGUGUUUGGGGCAAAUUCGGCUACAACCAUCAGCUGGGCACCUGCUCCAUCCUGCCCGACGACGAAGGACGCAGCAGUAAAACGGCCAUGUUCAUCAUUGCCUUUAUCAUUCCGUGCAUGAUUAUCGUGAUAUGCUACAGUCGCAUCUUUUGCGUCGUUCACAAAUCGGACAAACGAAUGAAAAACCAUUCCAAAUCACAGUGCAACAUUCCAAACAAUCUGCGAUCGGCGGCCGAUCCGGCCUCACCACUCUCAGCCGGCAGCUCCAGCUCGGCAAACAACAACUCGAUCAGCUACACGGCCAGCUCGUCCGCGGUGAAGGUGGCGGGCGCGGCACGCAGUGCCACCGACGCCCGGGACGCGAAGGCCAGACGGAAUGAGUGGCGCAUCACGAAGAUGGUGCUGGCCAUCUUCCUGUCGUUCGUUAUGUGCUACCUGCCGAUAACGAUUUCCAAAAUUGUGGACAAGAACGUUUCGGUGCCGGUGCUGCACAUCAUUGGCUACAUUAUGCUGUACCUUUCUGCGUGCAUCAAUCCGAUCAUCUACGUGAUCAUGAACAAACAGUACCGGCAGGCGUACAAGACCGUCAUCUUCUGCAAGCCUUCUCGGCUGCUCGGCUUUACGCACGGUGGAAGUAGCGUCGGAGAGAAAUGGAAAGACAUAGGGUACAGCUACAACCACAGUCGUACCAUGGUGUCCCAAGUUUCAAUAGCCGAACCCGAGUCGCCCCCAUCCAGCCGACUACGCCAAGAUUCGCCGCACCCACAACAUUUAGUCGCCAUUCAAGAUAGUUAGAAGAUAAGAUGAAACACUCACAUGCGCCGUGGACUGAAAGGCAUUAUCUUCCUCCCAAGUAAAAUAGCAUGAAGCGCUGAUAAGCUAGUUAUUAUGAAGACGCUGUCGAUCGUGCAGCACAAUUGCCAUCGCGUGCCAAUCACUAGUAUCUUCCCUUGAUGACACCAAACAACGACGCCAAGCCAAUCCAAACACGGCAACCGCGAGCGAUACUCAAUUGCUUCCGUUGCUUAUUUUAACUUCCCCCAAAGUCAUAACAUAUAUUCACGAUGCCAAAUUAGGUUAAUCUGGGGUCUCCUCCUUGAAUGAAUGAAGCGCACACAGACGAAUUUCUUAGGGUAAGGAUAUCGCGCAGAGAACGGUAUCAUAGUAGGCUAAUUGAAACUGCGGUAUCAUAGUAGGCUAACCACACACACGCAAGCUCCAAAGAACUGGAAGAACCCCGAACGCCUUAGAUUCUUGUUAUCGUUUGCGAGUUUAGUUUGAUAAGAUUAAAUUAUUCACCUUUAGUUCGGAUGCUAUGCAGCAACUAUUUCAAACACCGACGACGACUACAUCAUCCUACUUCCACACCCUCUCUUACUUGUACAAACUAAUGAACAACAAAGUGAAUAAAGACAGCUCUUAACGAAAAGUGUCCCAAGCAAGCAA